AAACCGAUCCUCUUCUCCGCUCCUCCCCUGUCCCCGCGCGGCGAAUGGUUCGCGCCGGCCUAUAUUUACCCGAGAUCUUCCCCUCGGACGGUAAGGAUGUGAGGCGGGCGAGCCGGCCACCGCUCGCUGCACCGGAGAGGGCGCGCUGCAAAGGCGGGCAGCCGACCCAGGAGAGCCCGCGAGUGGAGUUGGACACCCCGAAGGGAAGAAAUGAGGUAGCGGUGGUCCCCGGAGCCGGCCAUGCGCGCGCCCCGCCCUCGGAGACCAGCGCUCCCCUGGCCAGGCCAGCCCGGGCAGUGAGGCGGCCGAGCGUGAGUCCCCGGCGUCCGGCCGGGGUGGAGAUGCAGUGAGCCACCGCGGGACUGCUGCGCUGGGCCGCCGCGGCCGGCCGCACCCGCCAUCCGACCGCACUUCGGGCAAGCUGCUGAUUCUGGGACCAGCCCCGCCGAGGGGCUCUCCAUCUCCAGCACCCCUUGCGGGUGGGGAGCAGUGGCCCCCACGGACAGUCGCUGUAGAGUUUCCGCGAUUUCUGCCCCCAGGCCCGGGAGUUGUGUGUGUGUGUCAGGGGGCCCUUUUCACCUUCGCUGGGGAGUUUCUGCAUAUUCUCUCACCAUCCCGGGUGCUUUUGCUGGGGCUCCCUUUAUUUAUUUGCACGCGCGCAUCUAGCUUUUUUCUAAGACAUUUUGCUCCACUCUCGUUCCCUCUCAUUUUGUUGCUUGCCUGAGACUCUUCCCUCGUCCUUGCCCAGCCUGGGGUAGUUCUGUGUGUGUGUGCGCGCGCGCUCUUCCCUUCCAUCCCCCAUUGUCUUCUCUUAAAAAUUCUACCCCCAACCCCUGCGGGGUGUCUAAACACUAUCUCUCCUCUCCUUCCCCCAACUCCCUACCACUGGGCCGCUCCCAACAGAGUUUUAUUUUUCGGUCUUGCCCGGGCCGAACCCGGGCCCGGGCGGGUGGCUCAGCGGGGCUCGCACCCGGCGCUCCGCCGCCGCCGCCCAGCUGUGCCGGGGCGCCCUUCGGAGAUGCUGCCGUGGAAGAAGCACAAGUUCGAGCUGCUGGCCGAGGCGCCGCCGCGGCAGGCGUCCAAGCCCAAGGGCUACGCUGUGAGCCUGCACUACUCAGCGCUCAGCUCGCUGGCGCGGGCGUGCCCCGAAGGCGCGCUUAGCCGGGUGGGCAGCAUGUUCCGCUCCAAGCGCAAGAAGCUGCACAUCACCAGCGAGGACCCCACUUACACCGUGCUCUACCUGGGCAAUGCCACCACCAUCCAGGCGCGCGGCGACGGCUGCACCGACCUAGCCGUGGGCAAGAUCUGGAGCAAGAGCGAGGCAGGCCGUCAGGGCACCAAGAUGAAGCUGACGGUGAGUGCGCAGGGUAUUCGCAUGGUGCACGCUGAGGAGCGCGCGCUGCGCCGCCCGGGCCACCUCUACUUGCUGCACCGCGUCACCUACUGCGUGGCAGACGCGCGGCUGCCUAAGGUCUUCGCAUGGGUGUACCGACACGAGCUAAAGCACAAGGCGGUAAUGCUGCGCUGCCACGCUGUGCUGGUGUCCAAGCCCGAGAAGGCGCAAGCCAUGGCCCUGUUACUCUACCAGACAUCUGCCAACGCGCUGGCGGAAUUUAAACGCCUCAAGCGACGGGACGACGCGCGUCACCAGCAGCAGGAGCUGGUGGGCGCGCACACCAUCCCGCUAGUGCCGCUACGCAAGCUGCUCCUGCACGGACCCAGCUGCUACAAACCGCCGGUGGAGCGCAGCCGCAGCGCGCCCAAGCUCGGCUCCAUCACUGAGGACCUGCUCGGCGAACAGCAGGAGCAGGAGCUGCAGGAGGAAGAGGAAGAGGAGCACCCCGUGGGCUGCCUGGAGGAAGAGGAGGAUCGUGCUGGGGAGGGAGAUCCAGCAGAGCAGGAGGCCGAGGCGCAGCGGGCGCUCGUGGUGGCCAUGCACUUAGAGUGCGGGGACUUGCUGGACACGCUAGAGAAUGGCCGCGAGGAGGCGCUGGGGGGCGACGGGGACUCGUUGGGCCCGGGAGCCGGGCCGCCGCCUCUGCUGCUGGGUAGCGCCUCCGACAUGAAGGCCGAGCUGUCGCAGCUUAUUAGCGACCUGGGCGACUUCAGCUUCGGCAACGACGUGCGCACUCUGCAGGCCGACUUGCGGGUGACGCGCCUGCUGUCGGGCGAGAGCACCGGCAGCGAGAGCUCCAUCGAGGGCGGGGGCCCGGACGCCACCUCCGCCACCGCCGUGGACCCGCCCGGCCCAGCCGACGGCGCGAGCCCGGACGAGUCCCACUCGGGCUGAUCUCCCAGAAGACUCCUCUGUGCGCCCCCGGCACCCACUGUGGGUCCCCAUCCGUGGUCCUGACAACCUCCCUAUCCCCCGCCCUCGCCCAGGAAAGGGGAAAUGGGGCAUGUGAGGCCCAGAAUUCACCCUGGCUCCCCGCUCCCCGCCCCCCGUGCCCCAACACUUUAAGUUCUGUUCGAGGCAGGCUCAGGUUGCGCUUGGGGAUGUGGGGAGACGUGAGAGCGGGAAAAACCCCUGCAAGGAAGGCGCGAGGCCGUCCUGUGGGAGGGGGGUGAAGGAAGGCCGGCUGGGCUGAAGUUCACAAAAGUCUCUCCUGCCGGCCAGUUUCCUGUUUGUGGGGCAGCUGGGGCCCGAGGAGGAGGGGUUAACUUCCUCCCCCAGCCCCCUGGGAGCGGCCUUGCACUGUCAUUGACAUGUUGAAAAAAAAAAGGAUUUGCUCUCACAAAUGUUUGAGGCUUCAAUGCCACCCCUUUGCCCCCAGUUCUUUUUGGUGCAAGAGCUUGGGCUGUUUACCUCAAGACUCAGACCCUUGAAAUUCUGCCAAAUUCCUCAAAUAACUGUUGGGGUGGGGGGAGAUGAAAGAAAGUUGCAUUUUGUUUACAGUUAAAGACAUCUAAUAUCUGAAAAAGGAGUUUUCCUUUAGAAACACACACACCCCUUCCUCUUGCUCAAAAGAUCUCACUCCAUGAUACUGUGUAAAAUAUUUUUGCACUGUUGUGAAGUAUUUUUGACAUCUUUAUUUUGUACAUAACUGUGUUCUCAGAGCUGAAUGUUUAUGUCUUUUGCUGUGCAAAAGAAACAUGUAAAAUGUUGUUCAGUUGUAUAUACAGAAAUGUGUAUAAAACAUUUUUGUUAUUUUUUAAAAGUAGCACUGUUCUUGUUCUGUUUGCACGUCAGUGGGGGGAAAAUAAAGAGGAAAAUUUACCAGAA